UGUGCAAAUUACAAAAUAAUCAACAAAGAUCACAAAACAAAAAUUCCAAAUUUUAAGAAUUUUGGUGUGAAAAGUGCCGUGCUCGUUGUUGUUGUUGUUGGUUACACAAACAACUAGUUGAAACGCAUUUUAAAUGCGUUUCAAUUAUAAUAAACAAUUUAAAUAUAAAUACAAGGAUUUACAGGAUUUUACCAUCAGCAGUCAAUUAAAAACCACCAGUUAACAGAGGUCGUUUUAAGAAACAAAGACACCCUUUAGGGGGCUGUCUAAAAGUUUUUCUACUCUUUUACUACUUCAUCUAAAAAAAGACGUGAAAAAUGGAACAAUUUGAACAAUUGUUAACGUGUUGCGUUUGUUUGGAUCGUUAUCGCAUACCAAAAUUGCUGCCAUGUCAACACUCCUUUUGCAUGGAACCCUGUAUGGAGGGUUUGGUGGAUUAUGUCAGACGACAGGUUAAAUGUCCAGAAUGUCGUGCCGAACAUCGCAUACCCUACAAUGGCGUUCAGGCAUUUCCCACCAACGUAACACUGCAACGUUUUCUCGAAUUACACAUCGAGAUAACGGGUGAAUUACCAGAUCCAACAUCAGGACAAAUAAUGGAACGUUGUGGUGUUUGCUCCGAAAAAGCCUACCUACAGCCUUGUGCACAUUGUGAAAAGAAAAUCUGCGAUGACUGCAAAAGUGCUCAUAUGGACAUUUUGCGACGUGAAAUCACACGUUUCAAUUCACAGAUUCGUCGCAGUUUACAUCGUUUACAAGACUCAUUGGCUUUAAUCGAAAAGAACAUGGUCAGUUUACAAACAAAUUGCAUUAGUACCUCGGAGGAAAUCGAUGAAAUAUAUCGUCGCAUCACCAAGGCCAUUAAGGAUCGUGCCGAUCAAUUGAAGGGAGAAAUCGAUCGCUACCUCACCACCGAAUCGCGCAACUUGAAUACGCUCAAAGAGAAUCUUGAUACUGAGAUCAGUAAUAUCAAUAGUAAUUGUGAUAUUGCUGACAAGUACAUGAAUGAGACAGUUGAAUGGGACGAUUGUGAACUGAUGGAUACGAAGGAGAUCUUCCUGAAGACAGUGGAAUUUUUGAGACACUUUGAGUAUGAAAAUUCCGAUUAUAGCCGUCGUGUACGUUUCUUGGUCUCAAUUGAUCCCAAUCAAUUGGUCAUGAAUUUGGCCACAUUUGGUGAUUUGAAUAUAACACCCCAUUCAACUACCGGCUCGGCCAGUAGCUCUCACUUGGCACCACCCUCAUCAUUACAACCCGGUUUAAUGCGUUCAAAGAGUGACCAUCGCCUGGCGACCCAAUUUCGCCAGCAAGAGGAACGUAUUGGUUAUAAUGAUGAGCCAGUGCUGGGUGGUCGCCGUUUUGGUGAGCGUCCAGUGCGUGUUAAAAACGAUCGCUAUGACGAUAGCAGUUCCAGCCGCUAUGGCCGUAGUGGUGGUGGCGGAGGUGGUGAUUACAACGAUUAUGACAAUGAUUAUGAUAAUGAUCAAUCGACACGUUCGGGUAAAUCACGUUUCCGUUCAAGAUUCGUGCGUUCGCAUCAAAACGAAGACUCCGACAACGAACAGCAACAGCUGCAACGCCAGCAAGAGGAGAAGAAACAAAAGGAUAAAGUACGUGAUGGCGAAGAUGCUUCACGUGGCCAGCUUAGUGGCAUUAUACGUUUGAGUGAUUGUGCCCGCGUUGUACAACGUCUAGCUGACAUUGGCAAAGAGAAGAAAGAAAAGAAGGUCGAUACAGCGGCUCAAGCAGCCGUUCAAGCCGCCAUACAAGCUCAAAAAGCUUCAAUGCAAAGACCCAAACAACCGCCAGCAGCAGCUCAGAGACAAGUAUCCGAAGAUGAUGAGAUCAGUCGGAUCAAACGUCAAAAUAAGAAUGCGCCCAGUUCAUCAACGUCAGCCGCAUCCAGUCCGGCAGCCGCAGACACAGGAGAUAGGCCAACAGCUGAUCGUGUGAGUGCUUUAAAACGUAAUAGUGUUGCCCCUGGUGGUAAUAGUGAAGAGAGUGAGAAUAGUUCUCAUAAUGCCUCGCCAGUGCGUAGGACUCCACCCAGGAUAGAGGCUGUCAGCGAUUCUGAAGAAGAGUCUGAUGGAUCUCCUACUCCUACUCAACAGUCAAAACCAGCAGCACCAGUGCCAGCCCAAGUAGCAGCCGUCAAGAAAACAACACGCUCAGGCAGCAGUGAUUCCAGUGCAUCCACUGAAAGUUCAGCCAGUUCAGCGGCAGCUGCAGCAGCCGCCAGAGCACCCUCAGCGGCUAGAUUUUCCACAGCACGCGAAAGUCCAGCACGUACAACAAGCAGCAGGCCAGCCACAUCAGCGGCCAGCGCUGCGGCAGCUACAACCACUGAAAAGAAACCCUUCGUAAGCCGUUUCUUGCCACAGCAUAGUACACCAGCAGCCGACAAGAGCAAAGCCGAUUCAGAGUCUAGUAGCGAAGAGGAAACAUCUACGGAAGAGUCUGAAGAUGAAGUCGAUGUCAAGCCGACAGCUAAGACGACAGCAAACAGUGUUAGCAAACCUUCAUCUAGUGCAGCCACCUCUGGUGUAUCGGCGGGUAGUUCAACGACUUCCUCGUAUCGCGAUCGUCUCGACUCGAGACGCAGUUCACGCGAUGAUACGGCAUCGAAAACUUCCUCCGCCUAUGCCACGCCCUCCAGCAGCGGCACUAGUAGUGGUUAUGGCUCCACAACACGCCAGCGUCCUGUUCCUGCUUCUCAUCACGACACAGAAGAUCGUUAUGGCGGUAGCAGCGGCAGCAGCUACACAAGCCGCUUUCUAAAUAAAAGCAAGAGCAGCGCCAUAGUAUCGCAACCAUCCCUAUCCACGCCAAACGCCUCAUUUGAUGAGGAUGCCAAUGGCACCGGCGAUGAUUCGGAUUCACGUUAUGGCACCGGACGUUCACGUUACUUAGCGAUGAAGGAGCGUCGCAAUCGUUUGGCACGUAGUCGCUCCUCGCAUCAGUUUGGCAACGAUGAUGAUGAUUUGGAUGAGCCCGUGUCGCCAACAACGGCAUCACCAUCUGCUUAUUUAGCUUCAAGAUAUAGCGGUUACGGCGGUUCCGAUUUGGCACGCAGUCGUUCAUCACAUGCUCUUAAAUCACGCGACAGCUCUCCCAUUACCGAUCGUACAUCAUCACGCAGUGGCGCCGGCUCGUCGUCGUUAGCCAACGACAGCAAGGAUGGUGAAGCUUUAAGCUCUUGGGCCCGUUAUUUGAAGAACAAAUAUGGCAAUAAGAGUUCUAAAGAUGCACCAUCGGGUAGCGGACGUGAUGGUCUCGGCAGCAGUAGCACCUCUUCGGCCCUGCCAUCUACAUCGAGUCAUGGUGCAAGUGGCAGCGGCAGUAGUCGUAGCCACGUUGCCAGUGAUGUGUCACGUCGCCUUAGCCUGGGUCUGCCCUUGAGGCAGGUCAGUGAACUUGGUUCAUCAGAUGAUGAUGGUUCAAAAAACGGGCUAGGCUCCCCUACCUCCCCUACGGUAGCAGCAGCAGCUCACGGUAUAACCGGAGUGGCAGGUACUUCCCCUAGGCAAUUGUACCUGCGCAAGCGUCAACAGCUGUUCCAAUUGGGGGGCCGGGGGAGCGAACCCGGUUCUUUUACCUGGCCACGCGGCUUAGCCGUUGGGCCGGAUAAUAGCAUUGUCGUCGCCGACUCGUCGAAUCACCGCGUACAGGUGUUCGACUCGAAUGGCAUCUUCGUUAAGCAGUUCGGUGAAUAUGGCAAUGGUGAAGGCGAAUUUGAUUGUCUGGCCGGCGUAGCGGUCAAUCGUAUUGGACAAUAUAUAAUAGCGGAUCGAUACAAUCAUCGCAUACAAGUGCUUGAUCCGCAAGGACGUUUUCUACGGGCAUUUGGUUCACAAGGCACCGCAGAUGGUAAAUUCAAUUAUCCAUGGGGUGUGACCACAGAUGCAUUGGGCUUCAUCUAUGUAUGUGACAAAGAAAACCACAGAGUUCAGGUUUUCCAAUCGGAUGGUUCAUUUGUUGGUAAAUUUGGCACUUGCGGUCGUGGUGAAGGGCAACUUGAACAUCCACAUUAUAUUGCUGUAUCGAAUACGAAUCGUGUUAUUGUUUCCGAUUCGAAUAACCACAGAAUUCAGAUAUUCGAUGUCAAUGGCAAAGUUUUGUCAACAUUUGGUGGUGAAGGUUCAGAUGAUGGACAAUUUAAAUUUCCCAGAGGUGUUGCGGUGGAUGAUCAAGGUUAUAUUUUUGUGGCCGACUCUGGCAACAAUCGCAUACAGAUUUUCAAUCCUGAUGGCAGUUUCCUAAAGACAUUCGGUUCUUGGGGUUCAGGCGAUUCUGAAUUCAAAGGUCUCGAAGGUGUGGCCAUUAUGUCCAAUGGCAAUAUAUUGGUUUGCGAUCGUGAGAAUCAUCGUGUGCAAGUUUUCUAAAUGCACUUUAACAACAACUUGACGUCUUCAGAUUAUUAUUAUUAUUAUUUCAUUGUUUUUGUUUAUUUCAUUUAUAUUGUUUUGCUUGUUACACAUUUUUACUUAUUUAAGAAAUAUGAAACUUUAAUUUUUCCUGUAUUAUCUCUGAUAAGAGGAAGAAAGGAAAACACAAAAGAAAAUUUGUUUAAGAUUUAUAUGAUUUUAAUUUUUGUUAUAUUUUUUAUCUUCAACAACCCUCUUAAAGAAUCCCUCCAAUAUUUGUAAUUGUUUUGUUUUAUCUAGUCCACACGAACAAAUUAUCUUUAAAAGUAACAUUAACACAUGCAAUAAUAUCAUAAUUUAUAUAAAAAUUCAUUAAAUAUUUGUAAACAAAUUUUAAAUAAAACUUCUUCUACAUAUUUAAAAAAAAAA